GAGAAGUUGAGGGAACAUGGCGGCGCCGUCUAAUUUGCUGAAGAACAAAGGCUCCCUACAGUUUGAGGAUAAAUGGGAUCUGAUGCGCCCCAUCGUGCUGAAGCUGCUACGGCAGGAGUCCGUCACCAAACAACAGUGGUUCGACCUGUUCUCAGAUGUCCAUGCCGUCUGCCUGUGGGAUGACAAAGGUCCUGCAAAGAUCCACCAGGCUCUGAAAGAGGACAUCUUAGAUUUCAUCAAACAAGCUCAAGCACGCGUGCUGAGUCACCAGGAUGACACGGCGCUCCUGAAGGCUUACAUCGUUGAGUGGAGGAAGUUCUUCACUCAGUGUGACAUCCUGCCCAAACCUUUCUGCCAGCUGGAGAUCACCCUGAUGGGCAAGCAGGGAAGCAACAAGAAGUCCAGUGUAGAGGACAGCAUAGUCCGGAAGCUCAUGCUGGACACGUGGAACGAGUCCAUCUUCUCCAACAUUAAAAACAGGCUCCAGGACAGCGCCAUGAAGCUGGUCCACGCCGAAAGGCUCGGAGACGCCUUCGACUCCCAGUUGGUCAUCGGAGUGAGAGAGUCUUAUGUAAACUUGUGCUCCAACCCUGAAGACAAGCUACAGAUCUACAGGGACAACUUUGAGAAGGCUUACAUGGAUUCUACAGAGAGGUUCUACAGAACACAGGCGCCAUCAUACCUCCAGCAGAACGGGGUCCAGAACUACAUGAAAUAUGCGGAUUCAAAGCUGAGAGAAGAGGAGAAACGAGCGCUGAGGUAUCUGGAAACGAGACGCGACUGUAACUCCGUCCAAGCUUUAAUGGAGUGCUGUGUAAAUGCGCUGGUGACGUCUUUCAAGGAGACCAUCUUAGCUGAAUGUCCAGGCAUGAUCAAACGAAACGAGACUGACAGGUUACACCUGAUGUUCUCUCUGAUGGACAAAGUUCCCAGUGGCAUCGAUCCCAUGCUGAAGGACCUGGAGGACCACAUAAUGAGCGCCGGCCUGGCCGAUAUGGUGGCUUCAGCAGAGACCAUCACCUCAGACUCUGAGAAAUAUGUGGAGCAGCUGCUGACUCUGUUUAACCGCUUCAGUCGGCUGGUAAAAGAAGCCUUUCAGGACGACCCUCGCUUCCUCACUGCUCGAGACAAGGCGUAUAAAGCUGUUGUUAAUGAUGCCACCAUAUUCAAACUAGAGCUUCCAAUGAAACAGAAAGGGGUGGGGAUGAAAACCCAACCAGAGUCCAAGUGUCCAGAGCUGCUGGCCAACUACUGCGACAUGCUCCUGAGGAAGACGCCGCUGAGCAAGAAGCUCACCUCAGAGGAGAUCGAGGCCAAACUCAAGGAAGUGCUCUUGGUGCUAAAGUACGUGCAGAAUAAAGACGUGUUCAUGCGAUACCACAAAGCCCACCUGACCCGCCGUCUCAUCCUGGACAUCUCAGCCGACAGCGAGAUCGAGGAGAACAUGGUGGAGUGGCUCCGGGAAGUGGGAAUGCCAGCUGAUUAUGUCAACAAGCUGGCCCGAAUGUUCCAGGACAUCAAAGUGUCCGAGGAUCUGAACCAGUCUUUUAAGGAAAUGCAUAAACACAACAAGCUGGCUUUGCCAGCGGACUCGGUCAACAUAAAAAUCCUAAACGCCGGCGCGUGGUCCAGGAGCAGCGAGAAGGUCUUUGUGUCUCUGCCAACAGAGCUGGAGGAUUUGAUACCUGAGGUGGAGGACUUCUACAAGAAGAACCACAGCGGCAGGAAGCUUCACUGGCAUCACCUCAUGUCCAACGGCAUCAUAACAUUUAAGAAUGAGGUGGGGCAGUACGACCUGGAGGUGACCACUUUCCAGCUGGCUGUGCUAUUCGCCUGGAACCAGCGGCCGAGAGAGAGGAUCAGCUUUGAAAACUUAAAGCUAGCCACGGAGCUGCCUGACGCUGAGCUACGGCGAACCCUCUGGUCUCUGGUGGCGUUUCCAAAGCUCAAACGUCAGGUUCUGUCGUAUGACCCGGUGGUGUCCUCCCCCAAAGACUUUGCAGAAGGAACAUUGUUCUAUGUCAACCAGGAGUUUUCUCUAAUAAAAAACUCAAAGGUUCAGAAAAGAGGAAAAAUUAACCUGAUUGGUCGGCUGCAGCUCACAACAGAACGAAUGAGAGAGGAGGAGAACGAGGGCAUCGUCCAGCUUAGGAUACUCAGAACACAGGAGGCCAUCAUCCAGAUCAUGAAGAUGAGGAAGCGCAUCAACAAUGCACAGCUGCAGACAGAGCUGGUGGAAAUCCUAAAGAACAUGUUUUUGCCACAGAAGAAGAUGAUCAAGGAGCAGAUAGAGUGGCUGAUAGAUCACAAGUACAUAAAGCGGGACGAGACGGACAUAAACACCUUCAUCUACAUGGCGUAGCGCAGCACACAUGGGUCUUCACUUUGUCUCAUUAUUUCAGGUCUGAUGGACAUUUCCAGGCCUCCCAAACUGCUGAAAAGAAUCUUUGUGCAGGGGGACUGAAUUCAGACUGAGACCUAUUUAAAACUAACUUCCUGCCUUAAAUUUGCGCAAAGGAUAAAUCAGCAGAAACAGAAGAAGCUGAGAAUCUGCUGUCCAGCUGAGGUCUGUCAGCUGUCCAUGAUCCGUUCCUGAUGCUGGCUCACCACAACUUCUACAAUAAUACUAUGACUGCUACACUCCUGGUCAGGGUUUGCACAAGCCUAAUGAGAAUGUGGGCGGAAAAUGAAGCUGCAGAAGCUCUGCAGUCCAACCCUGGUUCCAGAACACUUGAACUAAAAUGCUGCCAUGUUCCCUCAGACACGAUGCUGCUAUGUAACCAAGCUACUCCCUUUUCCACACGGCUCUGAUCCGAACUUCAUUUAAUAAGCCAGAGAAACACUUCACAGGUCAGAGAGUGCUGGACUGAACCAUCAUCUCUGGCCCCGGGUACAUAUGGGGGGGAGGGGGCUGAUGACUGUGUUUUAUGGUGCAUUUAAGUUGCCCUAUAAAUUCAGUUCAAUUAUGGCUAACAUGCACACAGAAUGCAGUGGGAGUUCCUCAAAUUACCAGUUGAUUUUCUUUUCAGAUGCUUUGCACUGGAUGAGAUCAGCUGUUGCAUGAAUCAGCAUGUAUCUGGGAACAUGUCCCGCUCAGUGGCCUGACGUCUGAGAACAGGAUAAAUCCUGCUGGUUUCAGGUUCAUUGCCGGAACUGAAACCCUUAAAAAUGGAGCCAAGCACCUGUUGCACAGAAGAAAACCUGACGGAGUUGCUGAGGGUUGAGGUGACUGAUCAGUAUUAACAGAACCACCUGAACGGGUCGUCUCUCGUGUUCAAACAGUGAAGGAAGGAUCCGUACAAACUGGGAUAGUGCUGUUUGGCUGGUUCUAAUGUGGCACAAACCAAUCAACAGGUCGAUUCUGCAGCCUUCUGGCAGCCAUGUUGAACUAGAACUCAGGGCUCCAUGGAGACUUCAGACGAUCUAAGCUGACGAUCUAGGAGGAGUUCUUUGAUUUCAGUUUGGCACCUUGAUUUAAAUUGAUUUUAAAGAUUAUUUAAUAAACAUGGUCUACAAUUACAAUGAAUGAUUUUAAAGUCAUUAAAUUGUGGUCAUUUCAGAUUAAAAUGAAGUCAAUUAACAUUUUUCUUUUUUCUUUUAGGGGCAUCAGAGCAGUUGAGUACGGAAGAGAAUUAGGGCUACUGAAAAAAAAAAGUUAACUGAUU